CGCGCAGUGCAAGUAUUGUUCAAUACCAAUCGAAGAAAGGAAGUUUACAACACUAAAGUUGCCCCAGCACUAAACAUGUGGCAAGUUCUUAGAGUUGCGAUUGUUAUUCUUGGAGUUUGUGCUCUGCCCCUUGCUUUGAGCAAGGCUAAACACCAGCUUCCGCACAAUAUGACAGAAAUUAAAAAGAUUUUCGAGGGCUUUCGGGCCGGUCUUGCACUCUCCGACAUCGACAACGACGGUGACCUUGACUGUGUAACGACUACCCAAGUGGAUUACAAUGCCAGCGUGCCAUCUGCAACAUACGUCUGGCAUCUCCAGGCCGUAAACGGGCACGAAGCGCGAAAUAUUUACUUCUAUGUCCGCCCCGGCAAUGCCCCUGGCCGGAUCCUUUUCACUGCCAACAAUGUUGAUGGGCCUCUUCAGCAUGGUACAGUAUUCUACUCUGACUACAAGGACUGCAUCGUGCUGAAUAUGCCUUACGGAAACUCGGAAGAAUGCAUGUUGUGGAUAUCUUGGGAAGCAAAGAACAACGUUCCGCAGCGUUGCACAGAGGAAUAUGACGACAAGUGCGAAGACGCUAAACUAGCAUUUGAUGACGAGACCUGCAGCCCUUUCUUCGACCUCAACGGAUCAUAGGAGUGUUAUAACAAUCACACAUGGAGAUUAUUCCUUGCACUACAGCACGUCGUUUGGUUAAUCUCUAAAAAAAAUAAGUUUCUCACGCUUACAUGCCAUCUAGGCACAAUGCUGUAAAGUCGCAACUACAGGCGUAUUUUUUAUUGAUGGGGUGGAGCGAACUUUCUGAGCUUUCAACAAUAAAUGACAGCUGAAAGGCAAUUCAAUAGAAGCGGGAACUUUCCUUAGUGGUACGUUGUACACUCCAGCAUAGAUUAGAAUGCCGAGGAAGGUAUAAAAAACAUUAAAGUAACCUUCAUACAGCACUAUUUUUUUUCUUUUAAGUCUGGUGCCUACGUCCUUGCAACGACGUAUAAUUAGAUUUGUUGUGCGCCAAUGCAUGCUAACACAGCAUUAUUACCUCGUA